AUGCUUCAUAUUAGAAUUUAAUAAGGUUUUACAUUUUUAUUAUAAACUUCUCCAAAAUAGACUAUUUGCAUUUUAUAAAGCCAUAUAAAUAGAAAAGAUUUAAGCGUAAAAUUAAUUUUGACUAUAGAAUUAAAGGAAAAAGAAUAUUAAUAAGCAAUUUUAGAUAAUACAAACAAAUUAAAAUAGGAAUUUAAUCAAAAUUUAACUUAAAAACAAUCAGAAUUAAAAGAAGCAUUAAGUAAACUUGAUUAAAUUAAUAAAUUUAAAUUAGAAUAAGAAUAAUAAAAUAAAAUGGAAUUAGAAAAAGUAUAUUUAUAAUCAAUUUAUUAUAUUAUUUUUAGAUUCAAUAAUACAACAAAUCAUUAUAAUUUUCAAAUACUUAUAAACAUAAUAGUUGUUAAGUAAGUGAAGGUGGAAAACUUGUGGCAGAUGUUAAUAAUGGUAGUUGUUCUUGUUAUUGUCUUUGUGAAUAAGCAAUUCCAAAGACUGGAAAAAUAUAGUUUGCAUUUUAAAUACUUAGUGGAUCAUAUUUUUAUGUUGGAAUAGGAUUUAGAGACAUUAUGUAGAAAUAUAAUUACCAAAGUUGUUAUUAAACUGGGUAUGGGUAUAUAAUUAUAUUAUAAUAGAACUUAUUUAAUAAAGCAAAAUGGUAAUACUUAUUCUCAUCAUAACAAAGAUUUAUAAUCAAAAUAAUUAUCAUUUGUAUUUACAAAUAAUGAUAUCAUUAUAAUUGAAGUAUGUAUUGAAAAUAAAUACAUUAAAUGGAGUAAAUAGAAUAAUCCAUUACUCGCAUAUGUUGUUGUAAAUAUGAUAUCGAUUAUUAGUAGUUGGAUAUAGAUACAUCAUAAGAAUUAUAUCCAUGUGUGGGUGUUAAUAAUUCUAAAAUAAAAUUAUUGGAUAAUAUAUCAGUUUGA